AUGGCAAGAGAAACGAAAGGAAAUCCUAUGAAUCCAAGAAAAAAAGUGGCAACUAGAGCAGCUAUGAGCAGCAAAAACAAAGAGCAAUCAGGAGAACAAUGCCAACCCAAAGCUCCUUGCAGCAAAUUCCAACAACUUCCACAGGCUUUGGUCUUGGAAAUCCUCUCAAGCCUCUCCAUCAAGACCCUCUUGAAUUGUAGCAAUGGGACCAAUGAGUACAAGUUGUUGCAAAUGACCAAUGGCACUGAGGCUGAGAUAUACACCAUUGGUACAGGAGUGUGGAGAAGUGUUGGAAAUGCUCCUGGGGAUAUUGAUCAGUUACCCUUCAAUCCUUUUCUGCAUGGAGCUCUUCAUUGGGUAUCCUAUAGUAGCACAGUUCCUGAUUUUAUACAUUCUUUCCACUUCGAAAGAGAACAAUUUCGACCACUGCCUGUGCCUAGCUUACUGGGAAAUCGAUUUUCAGAUUGUUAUAUACUGGAAGUGGUAGGUGGGUGUCUCUGUUUAUCUGUGUUUGAUGAUGAUUAUAGCAAAUUCGACAUGUGGGUUAUGAAGGAGUAUGGUGUUCAAGAGUCUUGGACUAAAGUUCUUGUUUUCGGAAACUUGUAUGAGUGUCCAGAGGAACGAAUCUGUCAUGUGUAUGAACCAAUUAUGUUUUUGAGGAAUGGGGAAAUCCUGCUGUUGUUCAAUAAUUGUGCUGUUGUUUGUUAUAAUCAAGAAACAAAGAGUUUCAGGGAAAUAAGAAUUACUUGGACUCGGUCACCAUUUGAGGCAAUUGCUUACAGUCCAUCCUUUGUUUCCCUCUACAACGUUUCAAAAGGUGAAGAGGUGAAGAGGGUACGACGCGGUAAGAAAUUGGGUAAGAAAUCUGGAAAGCUGCCUUUGGAAGGGAGUUAUGAUGAGUGUGCCGGCUUUGGUAUGCCACCCCGCAAGUCGACAAAACUUAACUCAGGCUAUGGAUGCCCUGCUUUUGAGGAGGGUCUUCCUUGA